CCUCUCUCACAAACUAGGCUCUCACUUAGUCAAGCUCAAGUCCAAGCUAUGGACUUAACCAUCCUUUCAAUAUUCCUCUUCAGUUCCCUACUUCUAACCACCACCAAAGCUCUUGACCCAUGUGUUUCACCAAAAUCCAACCCUGAUCACUCAGACCUCUCACUCAUUCACAUCUAUGGCAAAUGCUCACCUUUCAAUCAACCAAACCCUACCUCCUCAUGGGUCAACACAGUUCUCAACAUGGCCUCCAAAGACCCAGAAAGGGUCACCUACUUGUCCAGCCUGGUGGCCCAGAAAGCCACAUCCGUCCCGAUCGGCCCGGGCCAACAAAUCGUAAAUGUGGGAAACUACGUGGUCCGGGCCAAAAUCGGGACUCCGGGCCAGCUCAUGUUUAUGGUCCUGGACACCAGCAGCGACGCCGCUUGGGUCCCGUGCAGCGGGUGCACGGGCUGCUCGUCCACGUUGUUCGCCCCCAACACUUCCUCGACGUUCGGGUCGAUGGACUGCUCCAUGCCCGAAUGCUCUCAGGUCAGCGGGCUUUCCUGCCCCACCACUGGAUCCGCCACGUGCCUCUUCAACCGGACGUAUAGCGAUUCCUCGUUUGCAGCGACGCUCUCUCGCGAUUCUCUGACCCUUGCCGCAGACGUGAUCCCGAACUACGCGUUCGGAUGCAUCAACUCGGUCUCGGGCGGGUCGAUCCCGCCCCAGGGGUUACUAGGCUUGGGCCGCGGAACCAUGUCUUUACUCUCCCAAUCCAGGUCACUUUACUCGGGCGUGUUCUCAUACUGUUUACCCAGUUUCAAAUCGUACUACUUCUCCGGUUCACUUAAGCUCGGUCCAACAGGCCAACCCAAGAGCAACCGAACCACCCCUCUCCUCCGAAACCCUCGCCGCCCAUCCCUCUACUACGUUAACCUAACCGGAGUCAACGUGGGCCGGGUCCACAUCCCCAUAGCCCCGGAACUCCUAGCAUUCGACCCGAACACCGGGGCGGGCACCAUAAUGGACUCGGGCACGGUUAUAACCCGGUUCGUAACACCCAUUUACAAUGCGAUCCGGGACGAGUUUAGGAAUCAAGUGAAAGGCCCGUUUUCGUCCCUGGGCGCGUUCGACACGUGUUUCUCGCCGACGAAUGAGGACGUAGCGCCGGCGAUUACGCUGCGUUUCUCCGGCAUGAAUUUGGUGCUUCCGGCGGAGAACAGCUUGAUUCAUAGCAGUUCCGGAUCGUUGGCGUGCUUGGCAAUGGCUGCGGCGCCGAACAAUGUGAACUCUGUUCUGAAUGUGAUUGCCAAUUUGCAGCAGCAGAAUCUGAGGAUAUUGUUUGAUACUGUUAACUCUCGUGUUGGCAUUGCUCGUGAGCUUUGUAACUAGCUUCUAGUUCUCUCUCUCUCUCUCUCUCUCUCUCUCUCUCUCUCUGUUUUCUGUGGUCUGGAAUUUUGUAAGAUUAAUCCGAAUGUUUUCAUCCCAAUAUUGUUAGUGCUAUGAAUAAACUGUCUUCAAAGAA